AGCGUUUAAGUUUAGCCGUCUUUGGUGUUGUCGCACUCGAGGUGAACAUCGGCAAUAAAAAAUAAAUAAAUUAAAAUUUACUGAACAGCGCCUGCGGUUGCUCUUUAAAAGAAAACUAUUUCAUAUGCUAAGAGUAGGAAAAUCUAUCAGAUGAAAGUGUCCAAAACGAAAAGAUUAAAUAAAAUUAUUAUUAAAAUUUGAUUUUGUUAAAAAAAAACUAACAUACGAAUAUCUAAUAGUUGACAACAAAGAGUUGAAAAAAGUAUGUAAAAGAGGGGAAGCGGAACAUCCAUAAUUUCCCAAACUGGUGAAGUGGUUCGCUAAAAAUUCAGCACUGAAUUUCUAAAAAAAAAAGUGGUUUAAAAACUUGGAAAAGUUAAUACAAAACACUUCGAAUAGUUGAACUAAAUUUAUACUUUUAAAUGAAAACGUUCAACUAUUAACAGAACAGAAAGAAAUAAAAAAAAGUUGGCGAAGAUUGGAGAAUUGUAUUUUAAAAACAAGUUUAUUACGGGAAGUAAAGCUUAAAAAUAGCUCGACAAAAAUAUUAGUACAAUUCCUAAUCGAAAACAUAAAAUUAUAAACAUUUUUUAAACACCGCGAUCGUUUUUGAAAUACCGGGUUUGGGGGGAAAAAUAAGUUAAUUUAAUUCAGAAGAUCUAGAAUUAUUGACGUAACGAAAUUCAGGCAUUUCCACAGAAAAAAAUUUAAAUAGCGAAGUGCAAUAAGUUAAAAAUAAUCCAGCAAGAAUACCAGCAACUUGAAAUACUCAUCACGAAAACACUUAACAAAAAAAAUUUAAAUACUAAUUCAGCGAAAAAUUUCAAAUAAAAAAAAAACAUAAGUUAACUUACCAACUGUAGGUGAAAAAAAAAGAAAAAAAAAGAAAAGUGCAUAUAUAGUUAUUCCAAAUAAAUAGUUCAGUGUUCGUCAAGAUAAAGCAAAUAUUUAAAAAAAAAUUAUAUUUCCACUUGCACUCUUCAUCGAGCGUUAAUUCGAAAGAAAGCGAAAAGACCUCAUUAUUUUUUUGUCUAAUUGCAAAAACGUGCAAACUGAUGUAACAUAAAAUGUCUUACAACUCAAUUUUGCAUAACAAAUAUUAAAUGUGGCGACGCGAAAAUUUUAAAACGAGAUUGUGCAAAAUUUAAAUGUUUUUAUUUUCUUUCCGUUUGCAAUAGCCGAGUAAAAAAUUGCUGACCGUUAACUGGAGUGAACAAAAAAAGAAGCAGAACCUACUAAAAAAAGGCAAUAACGUCAGCAACUGACUACACACAACGCUCGCUGCUUAACUGCUGACGUCAAAAAGUGCAUAAAUAAAUACUCAUACAAAUAAAAUAAAUAUUAAAUUAACCAAAAGUGUUUUGGUGAUUUUCGAGAGGGAGAGAGAGAGCGAAAACAAGCAACGAAGUGGCAUAUGGUGUUUAUCUAAAUUUAAUUGUGGUUUUUGGAAAGGAUACAUAGUCGAAGUAAUAACAAAAAGCCAAUCUUAUUUCACGAAAUCCUACAAAUUAUUGGAUAAGUUCGAAAUUUGAGUCGAAAUUCGUGAGAAAUUGCAAAUUAGCUACAAAAGAAGGCGUUCCUCCAGCAUGCAGCACGCGCGGCGUCAGCAGGCCCUAAGUAACCAAUUCCCGCACUGCACGAGAAUGUUCAACAAUAGUCGACACAGCCGGCUGUGGCUCAACUCCAUAGCCAUGCUAAUUUGUCUGCUGUGCAGUGGCCUUGCCAGUACAAAUGCCGCUGCGCAUUUCUACCAAAUAGUGCCUGCGGUUAGCGUCGGCGGUCCGGCUUUGGUGCGGCUGACGCGCGAUCUCUCUUCUGCCAAGAUGAUGUUGGAGCAGCCGGCGGCAAAGGAAUUCACUUCGACGGCGGAGCCUCAACCGGCCACACUCGACCAGCCACAAGGUCAGUGUUUGCUGGACGGUGUUCUCGUGAUGGAGACUAAGGCAACCUGCGAGAAGCAAGUGGGAUGUCGUGCCAUACAGAAGACAGGAUACUGUUGUCCUGAUUACAAGUGCGAUUGUCAGAAGGAUGGCAAAACUUAUUUGAAUGGCGAUAAGUUGGUAGACCCGGAGACACCCUGUACGGUGUGCUAUUGUCAAGGUGGUGAAAUACUCUGCAGUUCGGUUACCUGUUUCUAUCGCGACGACUGCAAGCCAAAAUAUGUACAAGGACGCUGUUGUCCGGAAUAUGACAAUUGUCCAGUUUCCAUUUUGGAUCCCAGUCAAAAUGUAAACAAAUCACAACAUUCGCCAACUCCAGCUGCAGAAAUGAACGCCGCGACAGCGCAGCCGUCUUCACCCGUGCCACCUGUGGUCGCGAACAAUCCGAAAAUCACCAUCAAAGAGAUCACCAAACCGAUUGAGAUACGUAUUACCGAUGACAACAAAGCCAUACCGAUUCAUCAAAUGCUCAAGCCACAAGCUACGACUACAACCAGCACAACGACAACAACAACAACAACAACCACAACUGAGCAAUCGCCGGUAACAACAUCAACAGCAGCAGCAGCAGCAGCAGCAACAGUUGACAGUGGCAGCUCGACUUUGACGCCGCCGUCGCCGCCAACACCAUCAACAACAACAACAACAACGGCAAGUACAAGCGCUUUAUCGCCAACUACACCAACAACAAGAGCUGAUUUGGAGCAAAUACACAGUGGUGAAAAUACAUCCAUCCCCACCACGGCAAGUUCAAGUGGAAACACAGGCAAUAAGAAAGCUACCAGCGUAGACAACAACCCGCCAACGGUACUUCCAGUCCCUGGGGGCAUUAAUAACGGUGAGAGCUUAAAGCUCAGCGCUUCAGUCGCUUACCCAAGCACAGAGCGCAACACAGUGACAGUUAUUAUACCAGCACAAAGUGUGGCGAGCGCAGAAAAUAGUAGCAACGAUAGUGGUGAAAUAUCCGCGGAGGUGGCGCCACUUGCAGAGGAUGGCGGCGCGAUACCCGCGUUUGGCGCGCAGCAACUGCAACACGACGCAUCGUCAAAUGAUCCAACGAAAGUGAAUAUCAAGCGCGAAAAUUUGGCCACAACGGAACGGGUAACGGCAGCGUCGACUGCUGGUGAAGAAUUCGGUUCACCCGAGCUGAUAGAUGGCAAUGGCAGUGGACAAAGCGGCGGCCUGCAAAUUCAAGGUACAUUCGAUUUGGAACCCGAAACAUCGGGCAGUGAUAACAUUUAUCACAUCAUUCUAACCACAUCUGGGCCAAGAGUGAAUGAAUAUACAGAUCCCUUUGCUGGAUUCAAGACAACUGAAGAUGCUCCGCACGGCUCAACCGUGGACAUACAAGCCGCAGCUUCCAAUCAACAACACACCGUUGUAGUGCCACCACCACAACUUUCAAACACAACCGACUCUCCUUUCGAUUCCGAUAGUACAACGCGACAAGCAACGACUUCCCCAACCGCUACCAGCUCGAGUCCUGCCUCCGCCUACCCAGCUUCAAGCACAGACGCGCCCGAGUUGUCUUCUACCUCUACAGAGCCGGUCAAACCGCUACACUCCACCGAAAGCGGCCAUCAUAUGGAAGAAGAAGAGGCGGCUAUACCAAUAGAAGCUAAUCCUGCGUAUCCUUCGCUGCCCGAAGAUGACUUUAGUUUGCGCGAUGUCACUUUUCCGCUAAAUGAAGCCGAUGAUGCUGUCGAGACAGAUGUUAAGGAUGAACAGCGUAGCAUUGGUGGCGGCGCCUUUGAGGUAGUAAAGGUGCGGAAGCCAGCGGAGGAAGGUAGCGGCAGUGGCUUUGAACUAAUUGAAGGCUCUUCGACUACGGAAUACGAGGGCUUAAGCAGCGACAGUACCAACGAGAGCGUAUCGAAGCUGCCAACAAAAGUGGCACUGCUAAUGAAUUCUGCUGAAGACUUGUCUAGUGAAACCGCCAUCUCGAACAGCAGCGACUUUCAAUUAGAUCGCUUCUCGCGCCUCGCCAGCAACGAUACAAAAGAAUCGGCAGAAACAGAGGAGUUGGGUAGUGGAGAGUCGGCAGAAGCCGUCGAACAGAAGCUGGAGAAACGACGCGAGCCGACUACACCACGACCAAAACCACGCGCCGCCGCCGAGGUGGACAUCGAUGAGCUGGGCGACGUUGCUUCCGGCGAUGGAAAUAGUGACCCGAAAGAAGACCCCAAGCUGGACGCGGAGAGCAUAAAGGCAGAUGAGGAUGUAGAGGAAGGCAUAGUUAAGCAGGAGACGGGCCAAAAGGAGGAUGUGCUGACGGUGAAUGCCAAACCGACGGAGGAGCGGACGGUCGAGGAGGUGCCAGCGGCGACUUUGGAUAGAAUCCAGCGAUUGUUCCUGCAGCGCUUUAUUUGAAAUUAAUUACAUUUACUCAAUAAAAAAUUACACAACUCAGCUAGAGAAUAUUGAUAUGUAUGAAGAUGACGAGUAGAAACUGUAAAUAUGUUAAAGGUAAAUAGGCUGGAGGGAUUCGUACGAAAAGCAGGGAGUUAAAAUUGUAAGCAAAGCAAAGUAAAGUUCAAAAUUGUUUUCAUUGCUGUUAGAGAGAAAACCUUUGGGGAUAGAACAUGAUAUUAGUCAUCUCGUUUUCAAUAAAAAUUGGUAUUCCACGGAACGUUGCAUACUUUUUGGAGAGCAUCAUUGAAAUUCCUACAUUUUUGGUGAAACAUAAAGCCAUAAAUCACUUUAAAUAGCAAUACGUAUAUGUAAUUAAUUUUAAAAAUUUCAUUGUAAAAUGCUUUACGAGUAUGUAUGUAUAUUUUGAUUAAAAUUUAAGACUAGUUUUAAUAAAGCUAAAAUUAUUUGUAAGUAGAACGAUGCAGUUUUAGGUAAUGAAAUAUAUGUAUUGACAAAUACAACGAAAAUGUAACGAGAAAAGCUGGGCUCCUAAAAUGCAAUAACUCAAAUUACAUGUAUAGACAUGCAUACAUACUGAUAUUUAUCAUUCGAAAAAAAAAACACAAAUAGAAUAAAUGGUAAUUGAAAUAAAUUAUUUGCAAUAAUUUAAAUUUAGUAAAUAUUUACAUUUGCAUAACAACAUACUCACACACACACUAAAAUUUUAUUACAACGCAAAAUUUUGAGAAAAAAAAACGCCAUCAACACUUGGGUGAUUCCUUUAAACUUGAAAUGUUUACUAGGAAAUUCGAAAAUCGCAAAAAAUUUUUUUUCAAAAGGAUUCCGAGUGUUCGUUCAAAGUUUGAAUACCUUCCAUCUUUUCCAGGCUUUUUUCCAGUUUAAGGAAAAAUCCAUAAUAUCUACUUAUGUGUUUUUUUAAUAAAAAUUGAAUAUCGAAUUGAUUUAUUUUACUUGGUAACUAAUAUUAUUGCCUUGGCCUAAACGAAAACCAAUUCAAAGUGGUAUUAGUUCCUGCAGUUAAGUUUAAAAAAAUUGUAUUUAAUAAAAAAAAACUUGAUUCUAAUAAAAUAAAAUCAAAGAAUUUUAUUUUUGCUUUUAAAAAUAUUUAGUUCGGAUUACGAAAAUUCGUUUUACUGAAAACAAGACUAAGAAUUGUAAAUUGUAUGCAAAACUCAAUGCUUGAAAAAUAAAGUUUUAAUAUCUGCAAAUUUGCGAACCCAAUAUUUCGUAUUUAAAGGAAAAAAUAUAUUUUUUAUUCAAGAUUUUUAUAUAC